CCCCAGCUUAUCACUGAUAAGCCUCCAGAUUAACCUGGAAAAGUGCAAAAAUCUAAUACCAGUCGUAAACUUUUUCAUGCCAAAUCAUCAAAUGACAUUCAAUCAAAAUAAGAUAUACAUGUUUAAAAAGCUAAUAAAAUUGUCUACAAUUUGCAUAUUUUCUUUGUUAUUUUAUUGCCAUAUUAUCAGAUUUAUGAUCUUGUUAUCAUACAGAUCACGGUAAUUUACGUUCGAUCUGAUAUAAACAGGAAACAUGCUGCGGUCGCGUGAUACCAUGUGUCUUUGUUUCAAUAUGCGACUGGUUUAAUAGCUAUGAAUAUUAAUGACCUUAACUUAUCCAAUCAGAAAAAAGGUUUAUGAAUAUAUUACAACUUGAUGCAUAUUAAUAUGAUACUUCUACGCGAAGAUAUAGUCCCCCAAAGUUGACCGUUUUUUACUCAUAAACUCCGAUAUUUUCCGACAUGCAUCAUAUACCAAUGCAAAAUAUACAUUCUGAAGUUUAAUUUGGUACCAAAAUCAUUUUUCGGAAACGCCAUUUACCAUGUCGCAUUUAUUUCUGAAAAUAGUGAUUUUCGGAAAAUCCAAAGGUCACGCACGCUUCAGGUCGACCGCCAUUUUGAAAUUUACGUAAACACAAUACCGAUAGAAAAUAUCGCCAAUAAUCAAUGAAUCUAUUCAAUUAAAAUACAGGAAAACGAUCAAAAAUGAUAUGAUUGUUUAAUCAUAAAAUAUGGUCAAAUAUGGCAGAGACAUACCCAGGCCCAUUUUGUGAGGCACACGGUAUCACAAAGUCUGACUUAGAACAAGGGCAUAUCAAGAAAACAAGCCAACCAUUAUUAAAUGGCAUUGUGAUUGAAAUCAACAAGUUUUUCCAGACAUUAGGGUUCAGUUCUAAUGAUUUAUGUAAUGUUUUAGUGCAGCUAGAGCCAGAAUUAAAAUCAGUGUCAGUAAAAACUCUUAAGACUAAGGUGUCGCGAUUAUGGGAACAAAAGAAGAAACUUGCGCACAAGAAAAAGGUUCAAGGAAUGAACAAUGUCAGUGACUUAUUAAAUGCUGUAUUUACUCCGCCAGCAAGUACAAGUGCUACUGAACGGGCUGAUCACAAACCAUCAAAUGCAAGAGACACGGAAUGUUUAAAUGAAACAAUACGUAAAAUUGAAAACAUAACUGUAACUGAUGAAGUGCACCGCAAGACAGUCUCCACUCAAACAGGUGAUGUGAACUAUGAAGAUUUAGAUAAAACUACAAAUCUGCUUCAGUAUGAAAAUUCUAAGCAAAUGAAAUACAGCAAACAACUUUCAAAGAAAAUUCAAGAUCAGAAUGAAAAUUUGAAUGAGAUACAAAAUAGAAUUGGACAUUAUUCAGUACGCAAUGUCAACAAAAGGGACGAAACAGCCAAAAAGAAUCUGCAUGCAUUACGCGACACACAGAGAUUAGCACUCAAGCAAGAACGGCAACUAAAAGUGACUACAGAAAAACUGAAAACUGCAGAACAACAGUCUAAAAAACUAAGCAUUGAUACAAAAGCACUUUCCGAUGAAGUUACUUCUUUGUCCAAUGAAGUAGAAAUUUUAAAACAGCAAAUAAGCAGUGAAAAAAGUAAGAAGCUUUCUGCACAGAAAUACAACUCGCACCUGCGAAAUGAACUGAGAUCCCUGAGAGUGAAAUUUAAGAACACGAACAGUGAAACAAAAACUGAGCAAACGGAAAAUGAUAGAAAGUGCAACAAUUGUGAAACUCUACUUGCGAGACUAUCCAAGAAGGAAAAUGAAGUUAUUGAACUUGAAGAACUUGGAAAUAUGUUGAAGUCUGAAAAAUUGACAACAAAGAAUGAAGAUGGAAGUUACAGUGAUAAAGUUCGGUUGUGCAUUGUUGAACUGUCUGGUUUAGAGGUUGCAGUUGAAAAGGUUUCAGAAGUGAUAAAAACUGUUUCAAAGCAUCUCUUUCAUGUGGACAUUGAAAACAGUGACUUGCCUUCAAGUAGCACUGUUCAGUCAAUUGUGGAUGAGGGUCACUACUUGGCCAAGACCUAUAUUUCACAUCAACUGUCGGAAACUGAGAACUGGGGAUUGAGUAGGGACGGUACAACUCGCCGUAAACAAAAGAUCCUAGAUACAUCUGUAACCUUGUCUUCAGGUGGUAUAAUGAGUUUAGGCUUUAAUAGGGUUGCGCACGAGACAGCGGUAGCAAUAAAUGAAGUCACAAAAUCACAUUUACAUGAACUGGCCGACUUGCAUUCAAGUGUUGACCAUGAUGGAACAUCAGCUGAAAGUUACAUUGUAAAUUCUCUUGAAAAGUUAGCAUUUACCAUGAGCGAUCGCGCAAGCAACGAAAAAAAAGCAGACAGACUUCUGGAUGAGUGGCGUGAUCAGGUUUUGCAACAGAAUAUAGAAAAUCCCAGCAAAGUUCAUCAUUUUCAUUGUAUGGCGCACGUACUUCUUGGCUUCCACAAUUACAUUUGUGCUGAUCUUAAAGCUCAGCAACGUUCACUUGUCGCAGAACAUGGUCCGCUAGGAAGGGAUAAUUUAUCUGUAUUCAAAUUCUGGAGUAAGAAAGGAACUGUUGUCGAGAGAGCUCUACGCACAACUUCAGACGUAUUCGGGCCAUCUGGUGAUCACCAUGGUGUACGUGAUAUAUGGGAAGCCCACUGCGCAAAGAAUGGACUGAAAUCUGUCAUCGGGAACUACAAAGACAAUCGUUUUAAUGCCCUUUUCCAGACUUCUGCUGAAAUUUAUCUCCACCGAGAAGACUUCAUCACUGUCCUAGAAACAAUUAAUGCUCCAAAUCUGAAACUCCAGUCUGUUUUGGCAGACCUUCAGUCUGACACAAUAAUGACUGUAGUGCAGUGCUUAGGACUGUUUUAUUUGAAGCUUACCGGUCCGUACUGGAAUUUGCUUGUUGGAAACAAUGUGCCAUACCUAGAAUUGCACAAGGAAGUGCAGGUCCUCCACCAAUUUCUCACAAAAUGUGAAAUUAACCCAGCAACCAUUCUCCAUGAAAUCCCCUUCAGUGAAACAGACACUAACAAAGUCCCUUACCAAGAAUUACUACUGAAAAAACUUGAAAAUAUCAGUGAAAACCCAGUGUAUCGAGAACUUUUGAAUGUGACCAUUAAGUUAGUUUCAGGAGCAAUGAAGCGUACAGUUAAAAAACAGCUAGUUGACUUCCUAAAUGAGGGUCAGUACAGUCAGGAGGCAACAGAGAAAGAGUUACAGAGAACAAACUUCGCUCAUGUCACUAAUUUAGGUUGCGAGCACCACUUUGGUGACCUAGACAGUAGCCAGCGCCGAAGACCACAUGCCUCUCUUCAUCACCACUCAUCAGUGCAACUUCUUAAAAGAAACCGGUCCCCAAUGAUGCACUGGUUGACAGAAAUGCCUGAAAGUGAUCGCCAAAAACUACUGAAAUCUGCAAGAAAAGGAGGUAAACUCUUAAGACAAAAGCAUCAGGAUAGUGACAAGAAUGUACUUAAUGAAAUUAAUAGUGACAUAUUAUUGAAUAAGAAAAAGAAAGAAAACAAAAAAAGGAAAGCAGACUUGAACCUUAAAAACUCCGAAAAAAAUGGCAGGUAUGAAUAUGAAGAUAACGAAACCUAUUCUGAUACAGAGGAGGAAGCAAGACUGUUAGAGAUACUUCCAACAAACCAAACUGUGUCAGGAAAUGACUAUGUUGCAAUCGCAUAUCAGGAUGCAUGGUACCCAGGAAUUGUUGUGAAAGUGAAAGACAAUGAAAAUUUUGUUGUUAAGUUCAUGACACCAACCCGUAAGCAUGGCUGUUUCAGCUGGCCUAGCCGUGAAGACAUUCAGAUUGUUGAGAAAGGUUUUGUUCUGUCAACCGGUUUCAUACCAGACUGUAUGAAUUCCGGACGUAUGUGGAAAAUCAAAGAGGCAAACUCCAUUGACAGUGUCUUUAAGAAAUAUUCCAGUGUUUUUUUCUGAAUACUGUACUUGAGUACAUAAAAUGAAUCUGUUUGAGCCACAAAUUGCCAUGCUUAUCAGUGUAGUAUUUGUUAAUGUUUGAUAGUGUAUAGACAUUUAUUUGAAUGUGUAGAUUUAUUAAAAUCAACUUGACGGUCAAAAAUUAAAAAUAAUUUUAUUGUGAAAAUUUGUUAUAGGUUUUAUAUAUUUUCUUCAUUUGUCUUGUAUAUAUUGCUAGGAAAUUGUUGUUAAACAGUUUGAGAUGAGUCAUAGAUGAUCUGUGAUCAAAUAUAGAGUGUCAUUUUAUCAUGUUUUAAUAAGAUGUAUUUAUUACCAGAUACCUCAUCCAUUUUAUUAAAAUCCAUUGUAUAUUGCCAACAUUUGUUGUGUUGUUUCUGUAUCUUAUUCACAUAUAUUAUGAUUUUAAAUAAAGCAUUUAAUGCUACAGGGUUAGAUCUGUAACUAUUCCAAAUUUCAUGAAGAUAUCUUAAAAACUAAAAAAGAUAUGACCAUUUUUCUAUUAUGGCAACGGAGAAAAUUCACUUCUCGGUGCCGCGAACGCGACAUGUUCAGCUGUAUUUUAUAUAGUGGAAAAAUUCUAAAAUUACGCGUUAUUUUUCAAAUUUCAAAUGGUCAUAACUUUUUUAUUUUUAAAGAUAUUUUAAAAAGGAAAAGUGUUCUGUAAAGCUCAUGAAGAGCUCUAAAUAACUGUCAGGUUGUUUCUGGAAUUUGAAUAAGUUUAAAA